AGCGGUUUACUACUAGUCGGUUCGGUCAGUAAAGCCGUCGCGGACGUUGGUACGACUUUGGUACGCUUUGGUACCACUAUACAGUUGCGGUUUUCUCGUCGAUUUUUGACGCGAUAAGUGAUGAGGGGUUCAGGCAAAGAUCGAUGACAUGGAAACAUACAAUUGCAUCCCAAAUACUGCCAAGAAUAAGCUCAGGCCCAAUAUAGCUGGAAGUGUACACAAUGUAUCUAGGUGCACUAGGCCUUUUGCGGUGGACUACGGACCAGCAUUCUCAAGCAAACUAUCAACGGUUUCGGUAAACCAUGCUUUGCCAUGGCAAGGCAGACAUCCCUCAACAUCUGCUGCUUCUUGUAUAGAUGUUGAAAGGAGGAGCUCUAGGGGAAAAUUGUGUUCCAUUGCUUUAGCUGUAGCGUCAUUUGUAGUAUUAUUGGCUGUUUUGGCUAUAGCUGGGCUAGCUCUGUAUUUGGGUAUUCUUCACACGGAGACUCCAAGCCCGGUUCUGUCCUUCAAUUGUAGCGUGAAAGUAAUAAAGGGCGACAUUUUCAUUGGUAACUUACAAGAAAAGAUGAGAAAGUACAAAAAACAAUUCGAAACACUGUACCAAAGGAGUAUAUUAGGACCUGCAUUUAUUUCAUGUCUGGUUGACAGGUUUGGAAAUGACACACAAACAAUUUACUUUAGGUUAGCUUUUGACAGGAAGAAGUUAUCAAGGAGUAUAUCGAACAUAGAGAAAGCUAUAAAAGACAUCCUCUUGACUGAUGCCAUAUCACGGAACUCGGUUUUCAAGAACGUCCGAUUUGACCAGAGAUCACUUACAGUGCGUCAGAUUUUGAGUAGUAGCAAAGAAAUACCUUACAGCUACGCUGUUAGUGAGUCAGCAACAACUAAGACCAUUUUGGAUUCGAAACCAUUCAACAGAGCUACAACUUCCAGUUUUCCGACAUUCAGAAGAAACGAGUCUAGAAAUGAAGAUACCACUACUAAAAAAGGGUCAUUAGUACACGGUUCCUUUAAGAUUAGUAAAACAGAUGCAGAUAUAACAGAAAAGAAAAGUGACACAUCUGUGGAAAAGCCAAAAGCACCAGCCACUAUAAAAAAAACUACAUUGAAAGAUACAUCUGUCACAAGUGCGUUGUACAAGAUCGCAGCUAUCGAAAAGGUUACAAGUACACCAUUAAGUUCUUCUACUACACCUGCUAGGAUCACAAUUACUAGCGCUACUACAAAAAUCGUUACUCCAAAACCUACGAGGCCUAAAACUACAACCACAAAAGCUACUUUGGCCACAAUGGCUUCAAAUGACGCACCUUGGAUACCAAUUUUGCCGAAUAUGCCAGGGUUUCCAGUGUUAUCGAAUACAAAUAUGUUUUCAUCAACAAACUCACCAAAUAUGCAUCAGUUGAUAUAUAGCAGCUUCACAAACCCAGGUCUUUCUUUAAACUUCAAUGAGGCUGAAAAAUUAGGAACCACUAGUCUGCGAAGUCACCCAAUACCAGUUAACAAAAUUCCUUUGACCGAAAAUAUGAAUGGACAUUCCACCUACGAGGUUACUGAGGCCCCAAGUCUUUUUGAUGAUGCUACCAAGAAAGAUUUUGGCGCUGUUACAACCCAAGAUAGUCCAGCAGCUGACAAAUAUGACAAAGAUGAGAAACAGUAUAUAAUUCGUAACAUAUCGUCUGUUUUUCAUGAUUUGGUAUCAACGUUGGAUACUUCAGAACUUGAGACUGCAAGUGAGAUACUCAACGGGAAGGUAGAUGAAGAUGAGGAAAUCAUAGAAAGAACAGGUCAAGUUGAGGUAGUCAUGGAAGAAACUGCCGACCUAGUUUCUCACACCACAAAGAUACCAUUAGUUACUUUGUUACCAGCAAAGUCGAAUUCUGGGAUUGGACGGCCUAUAAGGAAGAGACCCUACAAAAUAGGUCAACCGGAAUUUGCUGUAGAAGAUAGAAGCUUUUCAGGUUACCCCGUUUUCAGUAUAAACAGUGAACGGCAAGAUAAUCACAAGAAUAGUUUUAAAGUAUUGGGAAUAUUAAAUUUUGCGAAUGAGGGAUCUCUUGAAAGUAGAAAAGACGAUACUGUUCGACAGUCAGAUUCGAAUCCGAAGAUUAUGUUAAAGGUGGAAGCUUAGAGAGCUAAAAUAUCUACGAUUUGAAAAACCUUAGGCACAGGUGAUUUUUUUAUAUCUCAUGUUUUUUUUUUCUUAGCUGUCCAAUAAGAACGUGCUUUUUUCAAACAUGUAACAGAAAUAUAGAUAUGCUGCUAGACAUCUACAUUUAUGGAGAACGAUAGUCUUCUAAUUUUAAUCGCAAAUUUUGUCUACUUUCACGUCCAGCUGUUUGUCCUUAUCAUAAUGUCAUUAAGAAGGGAAAUAAUAAACAGCAGUGGAAGAACAGAAGUCACAUUUAUCUUAAGUUAAGUUUUCAAACAGAAAACAAUGUGGUCUCUAGCUCUUUCCCCUUUCCUCAGUUUUUCCUGCAAGUCCCCCCCUUGAACCCGCGCCUGAUACCAGCUGCUAGGGUGAUAUUUUUUUCGUUUUCCAUAUUUUGAUCCAAUUAACGUAGGGGCACUUCCUGUUGCUGUUUAACACGUUCGCGUUGUAGUCGAUUUCGGAUGUGUUAAAGCACAGCCGUAAUAUUUUUUGGCGUAACAUGUGAAUAUUUUUGUAUUUGUGAUCAACAGGCUUUUAUAUACAUAUGUUUUAUGUUUUAUCUACUUGUUUUUAAUUGUUUUUAGUCAUGUAACACCGGUGGUACACGUCGUCUGUGACAUAUAUUUUUGUUCAGGGAGGUCAUGUACCACCGGUGGUAAAUGAAUAAAAACAAAAAAAAAACAAAAGAAAAAACAUAAAACAUAUGUAUAUAAAAGAACAUUGAUCACAAAUAACAAAUCUAUAGACGGUUAUAAAAUUAGCAAGCAGUCCAACAGACAGAUAGACCGACGGAAGAAGAGUGGCACGGUUUUAAGUGCCAGGUUUCAUGUUCAUACGAGUAUGUCAAAUAGUUUUUGAGAUUUUGUGAUUAAUAGGUGACGGAAUUGUAUAUAACAGCCGACAAUAUUUUUAUUUCGACCCGGCAUUGCCAAGCAAAAGUAAUUUACAGAAAGUAUGUUCUUAUGGACCACCAUGUACUAUGAUUUAAAUUAAUUAAUAUCUUAGUUUUAUCCAGUACUUUUUUUAGAAGAGCUC